UCUUGUUGUUAAGCCGCUAUUAGAAGAUUGGGCCUCCUCCUCCUCCUCCUCCUUUUCCUCGUCUUUCUCCUGCUGACCGAGCUCUCGUACACCAGGGCACCGAGGACUAUCUCCUUCGCUGGGAGAGGAGACGCCAACACCUCCAGCCUACCUCCACCCCACCUUUCCCUUCCGUCUCCAUCUACUCCAUCUUUCUUCUUCAAGAACGACGCUGCAGGAGGUCGCUAGGCGGAACCGCCAUCCUUGCCAUCAUCUUGAACUUUUUUUUUUUUUUUUUUUUGCCAACGCAGUGUCAACAUGUACCUGGAGAACACAAGCAACCUGGACCUGGAAAUGUCCCAGGCCUCUGCGCCGGUGCACCAGGCCGCUGGGAAUUUCGGCGAGCUGCGUCUGCUGCAGGGCAUCUCGGAGCGGCUGGAGACACAGAAACUGCAGCAACAGUCGGCUGGUCUGCCAACGGGACAGUGCGUGAUCCACGCAGAGGCAUUCCUGCCCGUUCGACAAGAAGACGGGCACAAUUUUAACAUGGUGAAUAUCCUCAGCGGUAAAACAAAUUCAGCCAACAUCUCGGAAAGGUCGCCUUUGCUGAGGUUCUCACACGAUGACAGCAUGGCCUACAUGACCAUGCAUCAUCCCAGCGAGGAGCCUUGGGACAGCAGCGCCAUGGACCUGGAGAGGAGGUACCGAUUGGGCAGCGAGGUGACCAGUCUGUCCCUGCUGCGCUCUAACUCAUCCGACAAGAGCGACCCCCUGGAGCACCUAAGCCUCAGCUUCAAGCUUGCCAGAAGUGUCAAAUGCUGCUUCCGCAUCUCCAAAGUGGCCACCAUCUUCACCAUUGUUGUUCUGUGCAGUCUUUUCUUCAGCAUGUAUCCUGAUCGGGACAACCCUUGGAGGAUGCUGGCCGUCUCAUCAACCGAAAGCUUCUGUGUGAUUUACAACUGGACCAUUCCUCUGCACAGCGAGCAUAGCGACCAGAUGUUUUCCCAGGUGAUUUACAACUGGACCAUUCCUCUGCACAGCGAGCAUAGCGACCAGAUGGUAGUGACCAAAACAUUUGAGAUGCUCAGCAGCGACCCCAUCACGAUCACGGUGCAGGCCUUCAUGGCGGACGCUGAGGUGGUGCCGCUCUCUAUCACCCACCAGUCGCUCUACUUCAACGUGGAGACGCAGGUGGCCAUCGCCGGCAUCAUCCUGACGGGUGUCUACGUUCUCAUCAUCUUUGAGAUCGUCCAUCGCACUCUGGCAGCCAUGUUGGGAUCUUUGGCCGCCUUGUCCGCUUUGGCCAUCAUUGGGGACCGGCCCAGUUUGGUCCAGGUGGUGGAAUGGAUCGACUACGAGACUCUGGCCCUGCUCUUUGGCAUGAUGGUGCUGGUGGCCAUUUUCUCCGAGACGGGCUUCUUUGACUACUGUGCCGUCAAGGCCUACCGCCUCUCCAAAGGCCGAGUGUGGCCCAUGAUCAUCAUCCUGUGCCUCAUCGCCGCCAUCCUCUCGGCUUUCCUGGACAAUGUGACCACCAUGAUGCUCUUCACCCCCGUCACCAUCAGAUUGUGUGAGGUGCUCAAUUUGGACCCCAGGCACGUGCUGAUCGCCGAAGUCAUCUUCACCAACAUCGGCGGCGCGGCCACAGCUGUGGGCGACCCGCCGAAUGUCAUCAUCGUGUCCAAUCAGGACCUGCGCAGACAAGGCAUCGACUUUGCCAACUUCACCGGCUACAUGUUCCUGGGAAUAUGCCUGGUCCUGCUCACUUCCUUCCCCUUCCUGCGCAUGCUCUACUGGAACAAGAAGCUCUACAACAAAGAAUCCAUCGAAAUAGUGGAGCUCAAACAUGAGAUUCUGGUGUGGAGGCAGACAGCCCAGCGCAUCAAUCCCGCCAGCCGAGAGGAGACGGCUGUCAAAUGCCUCCUGAUGCAGAAAGUCCUGAACCUGGAAAGUCUGCUGCGCAAGAUGAUGAAAACAUUCCAAAGAGAAAUUUCCCAAGAGGACAAGAACUGGGAGCAGAAUAUUCAAGAGCUUCAAAAGAAGCACAGAAUCACCGACAAGGUGCUCUUGGUGAAGUGCGUGUCGGUGCUGGCCGUGGUGAUCUUCAUGUUCUUUGUCAACUCUUUUGUUCCCAGCAUACACCUGGAUCUCGGUUGGAUCGCCAUCCUCGGCGCGCUCUGGCUUUUGAUCCUGGCUGACAUUCAGGACUUUGAGAUGAUCUUACACAGGGUGGAGUGGGCCACGCUGCUUUUCUUUGCUGCCCUCUUCGUCUUGAUGGAGGCUCUGGCCCAGCUGCAGCUCAUCGACUACAUCGGCGAGCAGACGGCCUUGCUUAUCAAAGCCGUGCCCGAGGACCAGCGCAUGGCCAUCGCCAUCAUCUUGGUGAUGUGGGUCUCCGCCUUGGCUUCUUCUCUCAUCGACAACAUCCCCUUCACCGCCACCAUGAUUCCAGUCCUCAUCAACUUGAGUCAAGAUGCGGAUGUGAACCUGCCUGUGAAACCUCUCAUCUUUGCCUUGGCCAUGGGAGCCUGCCUCGGCGGGAACGGCACAUUGAUCGGGGCGUCGGCCAACGUGGUGUGCGCCGGCAUCGCGGAGCAACACGGCUACGGCUUCUCCUUCAUGGAGUUCUUCAGGUUAGGCUUCCCCAUGAUGAUCAUGACGUGCAUGAUCGGCAUGUGCUACCUGCUAGCCACUCACAUUGGACUCGGGUGGAACAUGUGAUCCAGGACUUGAAUUGACGCAGAAGCAAGACCACAAUCAGGGAUCUCAAGCUUAAAUGGUCCAGGCUUU